AUGUAUGCUGAUCUAAGUUAUGAUAUUUCUUCUGAGGAUGAAUUUGCUGAAGAAUUAGUUAAAUUAUUCAAAGUUGUUGCAGAUAAUCUACAAAUUACACAAAAUGUAGAGGAGCGUUUAGCUGUUGCUAGUCGUAUAAAAGAGGUUUAUGGUUUCCGUAAGGCAGCAAAGAUUCGUGGUACAACAGCAGCAGCAGCAGCAUUAAAUAAGGCAUCAAGAGCAGCAGCAGCAGCAGCAGCAGCAGGAGAUGGAACAGCAGCAGCAGCAGCAGCAGAUAUAUGGAGAAGGACUUGGGGUGUACAGACAGAUGCAGAUGUUGCACUUAAAUGGCUGCAGCAGCAAAUGAAUCCAUCAACUAUUAAUCCUGCUAUAUUAAGAGCACAAUUUGUUGCUAUAUUCCCAGAUGCUGGGCCUGUAGUGCAGCAGCAUGGAGAAAUAGAAGUCCCUCCUUCUCCUAGAGAACCACCGGGAUUCUUUACGAGGGUUUGGCAUUAUAUAGCUGGAGCACCGCCUCCUCCUCCCCCUAAGAAAAUUCCUGAUCCAUUAGAGGUGUCUAUACACCCUAUUAGUGCUGCUGAUUAUAUGUAA